GCCCUAACACAAGCAUUUCCUAGAACAAGAGAAAGAGAAACCAGUCCCACUACAAUCACACCAUUCAGCUGUCUGACUAGUGUCAAGGCUAAUCAGGUGAUUUCUCUUUUCACAGCAGUUCUGAUUAAACAUCAUGGGUAAGUAUGAUAAUAUUAGGUACUGAAUAAGGCCUUAUUUCUUUUGAUACUGUCAAAAAAGUGAGUUUGAGUCUAGCACUGCAAACAUGUACUGUAUAAUUAAGUUAUUUACUAAGUUCAAGGGGUUUUAGGUGAUCUUUUCCAUGUUGUUCCUAGCAUGCUGCUUUUGGAGACAUUAUGAAAAUAGACACCACUGGGGCAUCAGAGGUGACUGCAAAACAGGACAAAUUAUAUGUAAAGGGGGUUGAAGCCUCCAAAAAACUGGCUGAGCACGAUCUGGCCCGGAUGGACAAAUACAAGAGUAUAAUCACCAAUGUUGGCAGUGCAAAGAAAAUGGACCCAGCUGUGAUUGCUGCCAUCAUAUCCAGAGAGUCGAGAGCUGGAGCCAUACUAAAGAAUGGGUGGGGUGAUCAUGGCAAUGGCUUUGGCCUCAUGCAGGUUGACAAACGCUUCCACACUUUAGUAGGUGCAUGGGACAGUGAGCAGCAUGUUGCACAAGGAACUGAUAUACUCAUUGGCUUUAUUAAAGGAAUAAAAGCCAAAUUUCCCCAGUGGUCCCAAGAGCAGUGGUUUAAAGGGGGAAUCUCAGCCUACAAUGCAGGUGUGGGGAAUGUCCAGUCAUAUGAGCGUAUGGACGUUGGCACAACAGGAGGAGACUAUGCCAAUGAUGUUGUUGCCAGAGCCCAGUGGUUCAAAAGCAAAGGUUACUAAAGAACAGCAGCUAUUGGCAUGUGUAAGUCUUACAUUAUGUGAAGCUAAUCCACUGGUUGAAGAAAAAACAACAUGCUUUGAUUGAAAUUUCUAUAUUGGGAAGAAUAGUUAAAUAUAGAUUAAGAUAUAGAUUUAGGUUUAUAGAUUACUGAUACAGUCUUUCCAUUUUAAAGUGUUGGGGUAUUUUAAAUUUUUUUUGUUCUUUAGCUUUUGCUUCUGUAUCUUCUGUAACCAGCAACUAUUAGUUAAUGCUAAAUUAUGCAUUAGCCUAUCUAUGAUGAUGAUGAUGAUGAUGAUGAUGAGAUGAAAUAAAACACAGAUAUUCACUUAAAUCAUGUGUCUAUCAAGUA